GACCUUUAAUUUUAUUAAGUAAAAUAUAUGUUAAACAUAUUAUAUGUAUAUAUAUUAUAUUUACAUACUCUAUCCCCACCACCGCUGUCGCGAUGGUAGCCUCAACUGGCAUCACUGUCGGUGUGGUCAGUCACCACCACGAUAGUUUUGCUGCGCGUCCCCCGCGUCCACUUGCGGAUUGUUGUCCACGCGUUCUUCCGCGGUUCUUCUCCUGCGAGUGUCUCUCAAGAUCCCAAAGAAAUGGCGGAGUUCGUGGAGAAGCGGUGCCAGGACAUGAUCCCCGUGCUGGAGCAAAUGCAGAGGAUCAAGCUCUUUGACGAAAGCGAGAUUAGAAGCAUCGCCAAGAAGCUCAAGGAGUACGAGUACAAGAUUCAACGGCACACAAAGUGCAAGGAGGACUACCUUCGGUACAUACAGUACGAGAUGGAUCUGCUGAAAUUGAUCAAGCAACGAAGGGAUGUAGGUAGCUGCGUCUGCAUCCAAACCUUGUCACGUUAUAUAUGUAUAAAUAUUACGUACAUUUUACCAGGGUUGGGAAGUAUCUCGUUGCUUGUAACGAAGUUAGGCUGAUGGUAGAGAACGAUCCUUAAACGCUUAAGUCGUAGAUGUAGGGCGAGGCAGAGAGAAACGUAAGUCGUGAAAGGCUAUUGUAUGCGACUUACGUUUCUCUUUGCCUUGCCCUACGUCUACGACUGAGACAGUCUUAAGCGUGUACGGAUUGCCUUACAGUUACGUUUUUGGUAACUCUAACUUAACUUCGUUACUUUCUCCCCAUCUGCAACUGUAAC